ACUAAUAUUGAAAUGCUUUUAGAUAAUUUAAUUGAAUAUGUCUACUGGUUACAACUUUAUAUUGGUGGAUUAUAAUGUAUGUGUCAACAACUUGUUCAGAAAAGUGAAAGUUUACGAAUCUUCCCCGCACACCGAAAUUGUUAUUUAACUCGAUGGCUUGUUGCUAUUCGAUAAAACUUAUUACCUGUCGUGUACCUUUUUAUAAUAAAUGAAAAAUGAUGAACCAGGGAAAUGGAGAACUUAGAAAAAGAAUUACUAAUGGAGUGGAUAAAGUUGACGAGAUUAAAAAUGAGAGUAAAAACACGAAAGGAAAUACGAAAACUAUUGGACUAGUUUUCGUGUCAUUACUUCUAGAUUUAUUGGCCUUCACGAUGAUUCUUCCUCUUCUGCCGUCGCUGCUGGACUAUUAUAACAGAGAAGAAGGCAAAGGGAAUAGUCUGUAUGCAUCCUUAUUGAGAGGAGUACAAGGUUUUCAGAAAAUUACAGGAGCUCCUGAUCAAUUCGCGUCGGUUCUAUUUGGAGGAGCACUUGGAUCAAUGUAUAGCUUCCUCCAAUUUCUGACUAGUCCAAUAGUGGGAAGCCUUUCAGAUGCAUAUGGAAGGAAGCCUAUGCUUCUAAUUUGUUUGAUGGGAAUAACAAUAUCUCACGGACUAUGGAGUUGUGCUAGUACAUUUAGCAUUUUUGUGCUUGCUAGAUUCAUUGGAGGCCUAAGCAAAGCUAAUGUGAGCUUAAGUAUGGCCGUAGUCACUGAUGCAUCAAAUGAGAAAACCAGGGCCAAAGGAAUGGCCCUGGUAGGUUUGGCGUUUUCCAUCGGAUUUAUCGUUGGUCCUGUCACUGGUGCAUGGUUUGCCAAGAACAGUGACCCAUCUUCAGGCGGGUGGGGAGAGCGCCCCGCACUCUAUGCCCUAAUUCUAUCUCUUGCCAACAUACUUCUAGUUUUAUUAUUCAUUCCAGAAACACUGACGAAAGACAAAAGAGCACCUUUAUCGUUCACUCUUUCCAAAUCAGUGGAUUUCGUCUCCCCUUGGCAUCUACUAAGGUUUACUGCUGUUAAAAACCUAUCGCAUCAUCAAAGUACAGUAUUAUCGAAGUUGGGACUGAUCUAUUUUCUAUAUUUAUUUAUAUACUCGGGACUUGAGUUCACCCUUACAUUCUUAACGCAUCACACCUUCCAGUACACUGCCAUGCAACAAGGCAAAAUGUUCUUAGUUAUGGGUCUCAUAAUGGCAGUGUUACAAGGCGGUGCGGCCCGCAGGCUCGGCGCUCGUGGGGCUGAAGUGGCGGCCCGUGGUGCAUUAGCUUUAACCCCAGCUUCGUUCCUGAGCGUGGCGUUUGCAGCAAUGCCGCACUCCCCACUACUUGCGCCUAUUUACUGGCUCUGGAUUGGACUUGUUUUGUUUGCGUUGUCAACUGCAUUCGCGGUGUCGUGCAUGACGUCAAUGGCGGCCGGCAAGGCGCCGGAGGAGGCUCGCGGCGCAGUGCUCGGGACGCUGCGGUCGCUCGGAGCGCUCGCCAGAGCCGCUGGACCUUUGCUCGCGUCAUCAGUAUACUGGUGUUCAGGCGCAAUGAUCACGUACACCAUCGGAUCCCUAAUUCUAAUCAUUCCUGCUGUGAUGUUAAUUAGACUGAAAACAUAAUAAUGCAGCUUUUACACUGCAUACGUGUACAAUAAGAACAAGCAAUAACCUAUUCACUUACGAAUAAUUUUUAAGAAUUCCAUUAUUUAUUAAUGUUUUACAACUGUUCUGUAUUAUUUAUACUUAUUUUGUUUGCGUAUUUUUGUAAAAAAAAAACGUUUUUAUUUUUCUCGAAUAAACAGUAUUUAAUCCUUA